UUGACAUGGCAAAAAUCUUGAAUUUCCCAAAGCAAAACACAACUUGAUCUAGUAAACGGCCUGACCCAUCCAAGCCGAACUCAAAUACCCAAAAAACAACAACUAUAAAAAAAACCAGUCAAAUACCAACAAACUUGGCUGACCCAUCCCCACAUUUAAUUCAUAGCUUUCCUUUCCUUUUCCAUAAAAAACAAACAAAGCCUCCCAAACUUCCCAAACUCUUAAAACUCUCAAAUUUCUUUGAUUUCUCUCACACACACAAAAAGUACACUUCUCAAUUCUCAAUUCUCAGGUAAUUAAUUUCCCGUAAUUCAUUUUCCAUGGCGAUAUCUCCGGAAAUUUUCCCGCCAAGAAAGCGCCGACCAUCGGCGGGAUCAUUCAUAUCUCCGAAACUUUCCGACAAGAACCUCGUCCAAUCUCUCCACCUAUUAUCCCAAGAAAUCUCAACCUUAAAACCACUCCAGUUCCUUCAUAAGCGGAACUCGCUUUCCCUCAUUCGAAAAUCGAAGCUCCUCCAAAUCCUCUUCGAGGAGCUACUUCGAUUUCCGGUCCUGGCUCUCUCUCCCUCGGCCACGCUCUGCUUCGAAGAACUACACGUCGUUUUGCAGCGAGUCAAAACGCUCGUCGAAGACUGCUCCAACUGUAGCAAGAUGUGGUUGCUGUCGCAAACCCAAACCGUUUCCAACAAUUUCCACGAACUCACCGUGGAGUUAUCAACGUUGUUGGAUAUUUUCCCGAUGAAAGAGCUCGAUUUGAACGACGACAUCGAGGAGCUCGUCGUUUUGAUCAGAAAACAGUGCUCCAACAAUAAGCCUUACGUGGAUCCCAGAGACGACGAGGUUAAACGCGCCGUUUUGGGUUUGCUCGACUCGAUCAAGAGCGAGAUCGUUCCGGAACAGUCUAAGCUCGCCGAGAUUUUCUCCAAGUUGGGGCUUCGUGACGCUUCGAGUUGCAGAGAAGAAAUUGAAAAUCUCGAAGAAGAGGUUCAGAGUCAGAACCAAAGCGACGAGAAAUCGAAAUCGGAGGCGAUUUCAUUGAUCGGUCUCGUUCGCUACGCUAAAUGUGUGCUGUUUGGAGCUUCGACUCCGGAUCCGGAUACUCCACGCCGGAAACCGCCGCCUGAGGCGGUGAUUCCGCCGGAUUUUCGUUGUCCGAUUAGUCUAGAUCUGAUGCGAGACCCUGUAGUCGUGGCAACAGGACAGACGUACGAUCGGGACUCUAUCAAACUUUGGAUUGACUCAGGACACGCCACGUGUCCAAAGACAGGUCAGACCCUGGCCCACACUGAGCUUGUACCUAACUUGGGUUUGAAAAAUCUGAUUGCUAUGUGGUGCCGAGAGAAGAAGAUUCCAUUUGAAGCAAAGGGGAGUCAAGUAAAAGUCAACGGCAUUAGAACUAACAAAACGGCAUUGGAAGCUGUAAGAAUGACAGUGUCGUUUUUGGUUAACAAGUUGUCCGCUUUGGAGUCGAUGGAGGCUGCAACCGGUGUCGUUUAUGAGCUUCGUGUAUUAGCCAAGACUGAUCAUGAUAGCCGAUCUGCUAUUGCUGAAGCCGAGGCUAUUCCUUUGUUGGUACGGUAUCUAGCUUCGGAUGUUGGAUUGAAACAUUCGAACCUACAAGUUAAUGCUGUGACAACGUUGCUUAACCUAUCAAUUUUGGAGGAAAACAAGACGAGGAUUAUGGAAACUGAUGGAGCUUUGAAUGGCAUUAUUGAGGUUUUACGUUCGGGUGCCACAUGGGAGGCUAGGGGGAAUGCAGCAGCUACGAUAUUUUCACUCACAGGUGUACACGCACAUAGGAAGAAACUUGGGAGAAAGGCACGUGUCAUUAAGGGAUUGAUGGAGUUGGCGAAAGAGGGGCCCACCAGUUCAAGGAGGGAUGCAUUGGCGGCAAUUUUGAACUUGGCGGGUGAAAGGGAGAUAAUUGGGAAGUUAAUUGAAGGAGGGGUUGUACAAAUGAGUAUUGAGUUGAUGGAUAGGUUACCCGAAGAGGCAGUGACUAUACUCGAGUCGGUGGUGAAAAGGGGUGGAUUUAUUGCAAUUGCUGCUGCUUAUAGUGCGGUGAAAAAAUUGGGUAUGGUAUUGAGAGAUGGAUCAGAAAGAGUUCAAGAGAGUGCAGCAGCUACUCUUGUUACCAUUUGUCGAAAAGGGGGUUUGGAAUUGGUGACAGAGCUUGCUUCUUUGCCCGGGAUUGAGAGAACCAUAUGGGAAUUAAUGGCAACUGGAACAAUGAGGUCCAGAAGGAAAGCCUCUACACUCUUGAGGAUCCUCCGGAGAUGGAGUGCUGGUUUGGAUGUGGAUGUAAUGGAUGGUCAUACCACAACCGUGACUUCAUCAAGAAUAGCAGUACCUAGUUAACAUUUGUUGUGAGUUUUUUUUUCUUCAUAAAUGUAAAAUCUUGUUAAAAGUUUGUUUAUUUGUUUAUUUUUAUCUUUUAAAAUUUGUUAUAUGACUUCACAAUACAAAUUCUUUGAA